AUGCCACUGUUGGACGAGUCUUGCAUGGACGAUUUCGAAUGCCAGAUGAAAGUUGGCGACAAUGCGAUUUGCCGUGAACCCAUCGGAAUGUGCAAAUGCCGGGAGGGAUACUACUUCGAAACAGGCGAAGGAUCUUCGCGGAUGGAAUGUUUGAAAUUGGACGUCGAUGGAUACCGGAUUUUCCCGAACCUCAAGUCGGAUAGCAAAACCGGUCUCUACUUCAAGUUGGUCCAUCUGAACAUGGAUUUUGAGAGCGCUGCAAACCAUUGUAUUCGGGCUGAAGGCGGCUUCCUGGCCGAGACUGAAGACGGUGAGACCAAUCGAUUCCUGCGGGAGUACAUGAGGAGGAAUAAAGUGAGAUCUGCCUACUUGGGCUUAUCAGACCAAGUUCAGGAAGGAAACUGGAUCUGGCAGAACACUGGACAAAAAUUGAAGAGCUCCCAGUUCUGGAAGAGCGGUGCCCCAGAUAACUUCAACGAUAACGAACAUUGUGCCACUAUAACGAAUGAGAUCGAUUUUGGAUGGGACGACAUCCCUUGUGACAAGCAGACGAAGUUUUUCUGCCAAAGGUCGGAAACAAACUGA